UGAACAGUUAAAGAUUUAUGAUGCGAAUAACAUUGAUGUUUGAGCUCAGUAUAAAAUGGCGUCACAAUAUCUUUUAAGUCAUAAAAGAUUUUGGGAAAAUGAUGAACCUAUAAAACUUCCCGGAAACAAUCCAAUUCCAAUACAGCACAAUGACUGCAUAAAAACAUUUCUGAAAUGUAUUCAAGAUGAAGGUUUGCAGAAAGCUUACAAUCGUUACGGAUACAAGCCUCAGGAAUCAAAUCUUUCAAGGUCGGUUGUCAGUACUGUACAUGAAGAUGAAACUAUAGUUGACGUCAUCGUUGUGGGUGCAGGAAUGGCAGGUCUAUCUGCAGCGUACGAGUUGAAAAAAGCUUGGCUUUCUGUGAAAAUUCUUGAGCAAACAGAGCGCUAUGGAGGAAGAGUCUAUACGUAUGGUAAAGAAAGUGGUCUUGCAUCUGGUUUAUAUGCAGAAGCAGGGGCUAUGCGAAUUCCUUGUGAUGCCGAUGGUCAAUAUGAGGGGCAACAUUAUUUGACAAAUGGAUACAUCAAGAACUUCAAUCUACCAAUAAAAAGUUUUCCAAACUACGAUGAAAAUGCCGUUUCUUGUAUCUAUGGGUUUUGA